UCAUAUAGUGUAUAUUUGUAUAUAUAAAUUGUAGACCACAACAUAUGGACGUCUAAUUUAGAUAAAUUUCAUACAUUAUGAUGGAUGAAAACUUGAAAGGAAGGUCAUUUACAGUCUAUAAUAAUUGCUAAGAGACUAAGUCAAUUUACACAAACACAACAAUUCAUUAACUCAUACCAUUGUCAUAAAUUUUUGUUAGGUGAAUACUUCUAUACUAAUCGUAAGAUAAUUGUCUUAGUUGCAUGUAUUUUUGUUAAGGGUCAACUAUAACUACGUGUUGAUUGUUAUGUUUUAUUCAUUAUAUAAAUUGCGAAUUGUUGCAUUAACCGGAAAAUUUUCAUCAUCAAUGAUAAUGUGAUUUUAUAUUGGUUAAUCUGGUUAACCAAUUAACCAAACUGAUUAAAUUUUAGUUUGGUUAAUUUGGUUGUUGUAUUAGUUUGGACGGUUUGGUUAUGAUAUUGUAUUCUAUGGUUAAUGAAAUUUAGCCUUAUUUGGUUUGGUUAUAACCAUAGUAACCAUUUGAACACCCUAAGCAGUAGCUAGUUAUAGGCGGACGACUGAUGUCAAUGAUUGGUCAAGAGUAUCGAGCACCAAACAAGUGAUGCUUUCCCUUCUUCUCCUUUUUCAGAUUUUAGUCUGGUUUAGUUCUGUAAGCAAGCAAGCAAGCAGAGACUCCAAAAUCAUGCUUUCUCGUAUUACCAAGCUUAAAUCUGAGACAGAGGAAUAGAAGUGAAAUUGCCCCAUCUCAAUGGCUAAAGAAAGAAUCAUUCCCACCCAACAGAAUAUCUUUAGUUGUCUGCUUCUCUUUAGCUAUAGCUGCUGCCUUUAAUAAAGCCUUCACCUUUAUUGAAAAUUAAAAAAAAAAACCCACUCCAAAUUUCAAAAGAGAAAAUCCCCCAUUUAUAGGGGAACCUCUGUCUCUCUUCCUCUUCUCCCACACAUUGCUUGUUUUCACCACUUCACUCAAAGAACCACUCUACCCAGUACUAAAACAACCCAAAUUCCAGUGUCCCAUAAUCAUUACAUCCAGCAAAGAGAUUAAAAAAAAAAAUGGCAACCCUUCCACAACAAUAUGCAGAGCAGCAGCAGCCGCCGCCGCCGGCCAUCGCGUACCCAGACACGGCCCACUCGAACGGCUCGUUCGGGACGGUGUUCAUCGUCCUGGCGGUGAUCAUCGUGGUUUCGGCCGUGGCCUGCUGCCUGGGGCGGGUGUGCAGCAAGAGCAAGCACGGUGGGAAGGAACAUAAACAGGGGAAGAAGAAGAAGGACAAGAACAAGCAUCAGAAUUCUAAGGUGGGCCAGAGCGACGAUAUCGAGUUCGGGUUUGACAAAGGUGGUGGUGGUGGGUUUCCUCCGAUGGGCCGCCCCGUUUUGGGUAAGCGAGAAGGGCCUAAUGGGCCUCAUUUUAAGCAGCCUUCUGCUGCUGCUGAGAGCAAUCAUAAUGGGCCGUAUUUCCCUUACGGGCCUCCUCUUCCGCCUCCGCCGGCGAACCACCAGCAGAGUGUUCACCGCGGCGGUGUGAAUGGGAUGACGACGAUGAACGGAGGUGGGCAUCAGCAGAAGAACGGGUACGGUGGCGGUAACCAUAACACUGAUUUCAAAGGUUACGGUCGUUAUCCCACCAUGGAGUUUCAUGAUGGCGAGCCUCCUAGGCGUUAAUUAAUGAAUGGGCGAUUGUUGUUUGGGGUAAUUAGUGGAUUUUGGGGGAAUCAAUGAAAGGAUUUCCGAUCUCAGUGGGAUUAGUUUUAUAUGGAAAAAUUGGGGAUUUCAUUCUUCUUGGUUGGGUCUUUUUUUUUCCCCUCUCGCUUUUAAGGUUCCUUCCUUUUUACUUUCUGGGCAUCGUUAACCACUUAACCUUUGUUAUUAGUUGUAGGCUUGUAGCUUAAAAUGUGUAAUUACAGAAGCAGAAUUUGCUACUAACGGCAACUUGGUAUGGAGUAAGGAUCUCCUUCCCUGAGUUUUUAUUUGGGGAUGGCAAGUAGGUGUCAAGGGCGGGUUCGGGUUGGGUUCAAUCAGGUUUGGGUUCAUUGAGUUCGGGUUCAUCGGAUUCGGGUUAGUCGGGUUGCGGGUUCAUCUAGUUCGGGUUCAAUCAGGUUGCGGGUAAAUCGGGUUACGGGUUCAUCGGUUUUGAGUUGGGCUGGUUGCGGGUUGUUUGGGUCAGCGCAUCAAGUAACUUACUCCUUACUCAUUACCAACUUACACAUUUUAUUACACUAAUUUAAAAUAUUUUUCUCAAUUGUAACCAAUUUCUUUCUAACUCGUAUAUAUACUUAAUUUAAAAAAAAACUAGUCAAAAUGUUGAAUCAAUUUAUAUGACUUGCAAACUUGUUAUGUAAUUAAUCGUAAUUGGUAAA